UGCGGCAUUCUGAGUGGGACCAACCAACGCUGCCAGCAUUGCACUGGCAGAUUGCAAUGGCAUUGCUUCACUUCAGUGUCAUUUAGCAUUGCUCUUCCCUAUGAUUAAUGACUGACGAUAUUGAGAAGCUUUGAUUUGGGACCUGCAAGCUGGCCGAGAAGAUUGAGAACCCAACGGAGUGUGGCUACAAUUGCAUCAAUGACAAGUUUUGGCAAGUACCUUCGCAGUGUGAUAAGGUGUUCCAAUUAGACGCAGGCUUACAAACAAUCUACAGCAAAUGUGGGUGCCUUAGUCCACAUGGGCCAAGCUCAUGUUACAUAAAGAGCUGACCUUGUUCCGCUGCUCUUGAACAUGUCGCUGGGAUAUGCAGAGAAGCUCUCAUACAGAGAUGCAUCAUUUCUUGGCAAGCUUGGCGCCGCAGAAAAAUUCGAUGCACAGGACGAAGUCGAGGCCAAGGUGAAGGAGCUUGCGGAGCUUAUCCGGAAUAGUAAACACAUGGUGGUGUACACUGGGGCCGGCAUCUCGACAUCAUGCGGAAUACCCGACUUCCGCGGACCAAAUGGCAUCUGGACCCUCCAAUCGACCGGGAAGCCCAUUCCCCAGGCCACGUGUUCCUUUGCCCAGGCACGCCCCAGCUACACGCACAUGGCCCUCAAAGCCCUUGUGGACGCCGGCAAAGUCCACUACAUUGUCAGCCAGAACGUGGACUGCCUGCACCUUCGCUCGGGGAUCCCCCGGCGCCAGCUGGCAGAGCUUCACGGCAACUGCUUCCGGGAGGUCUGCCCCAAGUGCGGCGCAGAAUACGUCCGCGACUUUGAGCUCGAGACCGUGGGGCUCAAGUCCACUGGCCGCCGGUGCUCGGUUGCCGGCUGUGAGGGCCGUCUAAAAGAUAGCGUGCUCGACUGGGAGGACGCCCUCCCGGUUGACGAAGUAGCCGUGGCCGACCGCCACUCCAAAGAGGCCGAUCUCGCGCUGUGCCUGGGAACCAGCUUGCAGAUCGUCCCAGCUCGCAACAUGCCGUUCAAAUGCAUUCCGGGGGGCGGGAAAGUGGUCAUCGUCAACCUUCAGGCUACCCCCCGGGACAAGAAGGCUGCGCUCGUGAUCCACGCUAAAGCAGACGAGGUUAUGAGGGGUGUCAUGCGGACACUGAAUCUCGACGUUCGGCCUUACGUGCGAAUAGACCGGCUGGUCGUUGCGCACAGUCUCAAGCAUUCGCCGACGGGAUCCAAUCGCAGAUGGGUUUUAUCGCUGCGCAGCUCGCACGGGCCGAAAGGGCCCCUCCAGUUUGUCAAGCACGCGAAGGUGACCUUUCUUUCCGCCGAACACCGAGUCGAGCUACUGACGGGGCCAAAGUUUGAGCUCAAAGGGUCCGACAAGAGCGACGCCGCGUUUGAGGACCUGUUAGUGGACGUGGAGUUUGUGGAAGGCACAGCGGCGAGGCACGUGACUCUGGACUACCGGCUGCACUUGGACCCCGAUUCCGAGAGCACGGAACAGAUAAACACGUCCGAGGACCUCCGGACGAUGGUCGAGGAAGCGUCCGAAACCGUGCUCGUGACAUCCGUACGCCAAGACAGGGGCGCUUCGUUAGGGAUCCAGUGGCAAACGGAGUACGCAAUCAUUACUGACGUCGUAGAUCAUAGGUCGGGUUCAGACGCCCGUUUGGGAAGCGCUGGUUCGAGUGCGCGCAUAGCUAGAGGUACUGGAAGCGAGGAAGUUGCUGCCGCUCGAGUCGACUGUGAUCUGAUUGGUAAGGUCGAAGGUGGCAGGAAGACGGAUGCGGUAUGCGAGUCUGCAGAGGCGAAAACGGGUGGGGAACGCAUUGGCACUGCUGCGGCAUCCAAGCGUCUGGGAGCAGAUUCAAAACGAAAACAUGACGAACUAAAUCGAAUUCGAAUUCCUGCUUAGGUAUAGAGCGUAUCCACCCUAACCCUUAGUUGCUUUCAAGAUGUGAGGCUCCUUCAUACAACAUGAGCUCAACGGAUGGUAAUGAUCAUCGUCUGCAUGAUGGCAGGGUGACCGCACUAGCAAGUUAAGGACAGGGCGGCCGUUCAAAGCUGCCGCACGUGUCGACAGCGCCUGGCAGGAGGCCGGCCACAUUCAGCUCAAGAAGUUUGCAGGCAGCUACGUAAUUGUUAGUACAACUUCAAUCGGCCGGAUCCAGGAUGACUCAACUAAGGACUGAGAGGACGAGCCUGCCUUGACGACAUGCAUACUCACAUCGGCCUUGCAUAUAUAUGGUCU